GACGUCCCCGCAUAAGUUAUUCAGUAGGGGGCGCAGCAUGAAUGACUUUACCCUAAAACGUGACGUAAGCGAAUGAUAUCCGUUUGCCGGAAAUGACGACGGAGGCGCUAAAAGUUUAAAUUUGCUCCAGUUGACGGCGAGGGACGUAAGCGUAAACCUGCGGCAGCCAUGACUCAAAACACUUUUCCGGUGUAUAAGGUGGAUGCCAUUGUGCAGUUCUACCGAACUGAAGUUUUGACCGGACAAGAAGCCAAACAUUUUACAAAAAAUGAUAUCACUCCCAAUCCAAAGGCAGAAGCUAUUCAAAGACUCUACAUGAGAAUAUUGCAGCUUGUUUUUCGGUUUAAGCCCGAGUCCUUUUACACAAUGCCAUUGUCUGAAAAUGUUCAGUACCCGAUGCUCUAUGAGGGGGUUACGCCAAUCAUGAAUGUAUACACGCGCAUGUGCCAGUUCUUACCGAUUUGUCUUGUGUAUGACUUUUCUCUGAAUGAUAUGAUUAGCCCCAAGGCAAAGCGAACAAUCACCAUACUGAGUGCAAUCCAAAAUUUCUUGAUCUUCAGAAAGGGGAGGUUGGAAGUAACUGCUGCCCACCAGCAAAGUUUUAGGUCAGAUUUGGACAGACUUCAAGCAUACACAAGAGAAAUAAAAGAAGCUGAAAAGAAGAUUGAGGAACUUAGUAUCAUUCCUCCUGAGCAACAAGCAGAGGCUAAAGAGCUGGCUGCUGCCCUGACAGAGCUGACGACUAACACACAACAUGAGUAUCAGGCUGUGAGUGCAAUGAAUGAAAAGGUUGCACAGUGCAAGACAGAAAUUGCUGAAAUAUCGCAGAAACUGAGUCAAAGGAGAGUGGAAGUGGCAACACUGAAAGAUGAGAUUGUCAAGCUCAAGUCUCAGAUUGUGGAGUCACCUGAAGAACUUCGAAAUGAGAUGGAAAGGAUGAAAGAGACUGUGAAAAACAUCAAGAUGUCAAAAGACCUGGCUGAUGAGAGGCUAGUGGAGCUCCAGAUGCGGGUGCAGUGUGCAGGUCAGGUGGAGGCAGAGAUCCAGGUUUUACUCAAACAGCUGCAGGACCUGCAGGACAGCAUGUGUCAGACCAACCAGCAAAAGGAGAAGGUCCAGGACUUAGCAGCUCUGUAUGAGGCACUACAGAAAGAGCUGAGGAAUUUAAGCACUGAGGAGGCCCAGCUGAAGAGAGCUCUAGCCAUGAAGCUUGACAAGGAAUCCAAGCAACAAAUUCGUCGACUGAAAAAGAAAGAAGUAAAAGAUCAGCAAGUCAAAAUUAUAUAUGGGCAAUAUGACAAAAUCCAUGAGAAGCGGGAGGAAGUCGUGAAACUUAUAGAAGAAAAAAAUCACGAAACUAAACAGUUCAACGAAAAGAUGCACAUGCUGAAAGACAAGUGCAGCCAGCGGACACAAAAAGCCCAGGAGAUCUAUGAACAUCUUCUGACUACUUUGGAGCUGUACAAUAAGCGAAUUCAAACCAUUGUUAUGGAGACCAAUGAGGACAUCUCAAAAAUGAAAUCACAUUUCUAGAUUAAAGUAUAACCAUAAUAAAUAGAAACGCAUAGUAAA